AUGCACAAAGAAGAGAGAAUAAUUAUGCCAGAAGUUACAUUGGGAGAGGUGCAAAAAAAGGUCAGAGACUGGGAAAUUCACAUAAUAGCGCUGACCGCAGAGAAAGACCUUAAGGAAAUGUGCAGAGUGUACUUCUCCAUAGGCGAGUCUUCGCUGAAGGAGGACCUAAGACUUAAAAUAAUAAAUGCAAACAGGCUCGGUCACGCCCCAGAAACAAAGCUUUUGCCUGCAGACGCAGAGGCUUGCGCGCUGGUGCCGCUGAGCGUAGAGGACGCGCAGGAGGACAGCGGCUUGCUAAACACUGCGCAGAGCGCUGCAGACUCCCCGUGUGUGCAGGAGCAGCCCCUUGGCAGCCCGGGCGCGCAGGAGGAGGACACGCACGGCGCUAGCCUGGCAUGCAUCCAGGAGGAGAACACGAAAGCAAAAAUGUUUCUGGCAAGCGAGCUAAGAAAGCAGCUGGCUGAGAAGCACAUCUACAUUGUGGACGCACAGGAGCUUGAGAAAAUGGAGUGGCAAGACAUAAUUAGCUAUCUUCUGGAUGCCAUCAAGUCGCUUGGAUACAUGCGCCCGGCCUUGCAAAAGAAGCCCAAGAGCCGGAUGGUGUGCUUCAACUGCAACAAAAAGGGGCACAUUGUAAAAAGCUGCCCAGAAAGGGCAAAGGAGCACAAGAGGCGCUGA